AUGGAUUCAUAUUCGCUUACAUUUUUUGUUAUUGUAAUCGCAACGUUCAUUUCGGUGAAAUGGCUCCUUAAGUCUGAGUCUCAUCCUUCUGCGCAACGCGCAGAGGCCAGCGUUUCAGCUACCAGCUCAUCCCGUUCAACUAACCAAAGCAGUUCUACAAGAAGGCGGAAGAGAAGAACUGUGACAGAUAAUAUGAUUGAGGUAGUACAGAGCCUAGCCCCCAAUUUACACAUAGAACAAAUUCGGUACAAUUUAGAACAAACUGGCUCAGUAGAAGAGACAGUUGAGGCGUUCCUUAGGGGAGACGAGUUCUCAUUCCCGCCAGGUUACACUCCAGAGGUACCAGAGCCAACUAGCCACCAAAAUACCAACGGUUCAGAAACUGCCGAUCCCAGAAAAAAGAGCAAUAUCCACCCAGACAAUCUAUUGGCAAAGUACAAAGUUGAUCCAAGCGAGGACAUGAGCAAUGUUGAUUAUCUUUCUCUCAGUAUUGAAGAACGCAAGAGAUUUUUGGUCUGGCAGGCAAGAAGGGACAUGGCACGCACCCUGCAGCAAGACGAAACCCUUUCGGCGCUUCUCAAAUAA